AUGUUCAUGGCCAUAAUAGGCAAACCUUUGUAUGAUGAACAAGGCCACUUGAUUCAUGAUGGGAAGUACGAUAUCUUCCCAUUUGUGUACAAACAAGCUGCAAAGAAAGGAAGCAAGAACAGGCCAGCUGGUACAAUAGAAACUAAGGCCACACAAAACAUAAACAGGGAAGAAAUACGGAAGAUGCUGAUCACAGCAGUUCUGCCAGCAAUCAGAAGGAAGUGGCCAAUCAUGUUGCCAAAAAAAGUGUUAAUUAAGUGGGACAACGCAAGACCACAUCAAGUCCCGGGUUAUGAAGAGUUUCUGGCAGCAAUGGAAGAAGGGGGGUUCAACAUUGAGUUUGUCUUCCAGCCACCACAAUCACCGGACCCAAAUGUGCUAGAUCUAGGUCUAUUUAGGGCAAUUCAAUCGAUUCAACACCGAGCAUUUCCAAAAAACUUGGAUGCAUUGAUCAAUAGAGUAAAAGAGGCAUAUGAUGAGUUUGACCCUACGGUGAACAAACAUACAUGGAUAACAUUACAAUCAUGUAUGAUUGAAAUUUUGAAAUGUGAAGGGGGCAACAAUUACAAGAUACCCCACAUGGGCAAAGAAAGGCUAGAACGACUCGGUUUACUUCCAGAAAUUCUUGAAGUAAACCAAGAAUUGGUGGACCAGUCAUGUGCAUUUUUGAACAACAAUGUCAUCAACACAAACACACAAGAAGAAGCUGCAUAUCAGUUCGAGGUGGAUGCAGAUUGA